UGCGGGCGGGCGGCGGGGCUGAAGCGGCCGCUCCGCUCCGUGCCCAGCCGUGCCCCCUGCCCUCGCCAUGCCCAGAGCCUUCCUGGUGAAGCGCCGGAGCCCGCAGCCGGCGGUGCGCAGCUGGGAUGGGCUGCCCGACGAGGAGAGAGCCGACACCUACAUCCCAGGCGGGAUCGGCUGCGUGCUGCUGGGCUAUGAAGACAGCUGCAGCCUGGAGAGCAGCGGCAGCAGCGGGACCCGGGACGCCGAGCCCAGCGACCCCCCGACGCCCCAGCCUGCCCCCGGCGAGCUGGGCACGGGCGGGGCGAUGCUGCUGGACCUGGCCGUCAAGCGGCCCAUGGUCAGGUCAAAAAUCAAGUUCACGACGGGCACCUGCAACGAUGCUGCCCUGCAUAGCUGCGAGCUGUGUGGCAAAGGCUUUCGCCUGCAGAGGAUGCUCAACCGUCACAUCAAGUGCCACAGCCAGGUGAAGAGACACUUGUGCACCUUCUGUGGAAAAGGCUUCAAUGACACCUUUGAUCUGAAGAGGCAUGUCCGGACCCAUACUGGCAUUCGUCCCUACAAGUGUGAGGUUUGCAACAAGGCCUUCACGCAGCGCUGCUCGCUGGAGUCUCACCUGAAGAAGAUCCACGGUGUGCAGCAGCAGUACGCCUACAAGCAGAGGAGGGACAAGCUCUACGUGUGCGAGGACUGCGGCUACACAGGCCCCACGCAGGAGGACCUGUACCUGCACGUCAGCGGCGUCCACCCCGGCAGCGCCUUCCUGAAGAAAACCUCCAAAAAACUCGCAGCUGUUCUGCAAACCAAACUCAGCCCCGUCCUGCAGAGGAACUCCAAAGAGGAGGGCAAGGACGAGUGACGCUCACCGAUGCUCGGUGCUCGGCAGGAAUGAAGUUUACAUGUAGGACUACAUAUCUAAUUUUUUUAAGAACAAUUUUGAAAGAAAUUAAAGGGAUGCUUUUGUUAACGGGACUCUCUUGAUGUUGGUAAAGGCUCAGCUUGACAGAAAUACUCCCGUUUGUGAUGGAAACAUCAGACUUUUUUUUUUUUUAUCUGGCCAAUAAAAACGGAAUGCUUGCAAAGGCUGUCACCUCUCGGAUGGAGUAUUUACUGAACCGACAUUUGGGCAACCUGUUUUCUGUCAGGUCUGAACACCCCUGACAAAUGAGUUCACCUUUCCCCAGGUGUAUUUGUAUUUUGUAAAGUGAAUAACUGCUACCUCCCAUGCAAAUUACUUAUGAGAGGUUUGGGUGAAAAGUGUUGGGUAAGAGCGCUACUGGUACUGGGUUCUAUGCAACGUUAAUUGAAGUGCCUUAAGAACAGGAGUGCCUUGUAUCAUCCAAUGAGUUACAAAGUGCAAACACCCUCAGCUCUGCCCCCCGUGCAGCCUGCUAACAAUGUAUGGAAGUGUGAUCCAAGGCGAGUCGAAACUCUUCCCAAAGGAUGGAGAAUGUUUUCAUCUCAAAGUUUCUCCACUAGCAAAUGACAUUAUUCUAUGGCAGACUUUUGGUUGUGUAUUAAGUGCUCGAAGCCACGAACUUACUUUUAUCAUGUUGAUAUACAAGUGAAAUCUUAGCUCUGGUGUUCCUGGACUUGCUGUGCUCACUUGGAGGAUUAUUACCACAUCUUUUUAACAUACACCAAUAGCAACCCAGAAACCCAAAGAAAGCACUGUAAUGACUUGAAAUUAAGUAUUUUCUGUCAUGAUGAAAUGCAAUUUUGUGCAUAUUUUA